AUGCUCCCCUCGCCAGGACUAUCGUUCGAACCACUUUGGGUAAGCACGCCACCCGAUUUUGUCGAACCGUUUCCAAUUUUUGCAGAGAGUUGGAAGAUUCUGGGUGCAAAAGGUUCGUCGUUCGUUUUCAUUUUGCCUCCAAUGGAAACAAACAGUUUCAGUUGGAGGUGAAGACGACCCAAACAGUUGUGGAUCCAAAAGACCAGCCAAAAGACCCAAAAGAUCAAAAAGAAGAGUACAUGGACGAGGAUUCGGGUCUCGGAGAUGAUGCAAAUGCGGUUGGAGCUUAGGUGAUCGUCAGGGUUACAUUUCCUUCUAAAUCUGAGAUAAAACUGAAAUAAUGCACACUCUCCACUAUUGUCCAUCCAUUUCAAACGCUACUUUGGCGCCUGGAGUCCCUUUCAAGGUUGUUCGCAAAUUUCCGGUGUCCUUCUUCACCUAAUUCGAUUGUAUUUUUCGGUUCUUUGUACUCCUAACGUCUAGAAGCAUAAAUUUUCGAUUUCUUUCAAUUUUCUCGUUCUCCACCCGGUUCUUGAGCCCUUUUACCUAAUUUUUAUCGACUUUUCCCCCAUUUUAACUAUCAGCCAACUUUUCAGGACCGUCAAUGGAGCAACUUGAUCGAGUAGGUCCUUUUAAAUGUGGUCCCUACCAGUUGUCCUUUCAGGAAGUCCGCCACCUUCGAAAUCUGCUCGAUUUGAUCAUGAAUCCGGACGAAGGAAUCGACGAUCCACUUCACGAGGCGAGUUUGGUCAGUUUCCGCCUAGAAAAUACACGUUUUACAUUGAUUUUCAGAUCGAAAUGUACAUCCAGAGACACAAUUUUGUGCUCCGCGAGCUACUUCAGCAACGAGCACGAGCGAUGGCCGAGCGCGAACGGCUCGUCGAGCUAAGAAGAGUCCUGGAGGCCGAGCAAGCGGGACCGGAGGAGCUCGAAGAGCCGGAGGACGGAGAACCGGCGCCCAAACGUCAGAAACUUGAAAGCGACGAUCCAGGAGAGAAGGAGAUGGACGAGAAAUGA